AUGUUCUCCAUUCCUUUCAUGCCAGCUUCUUCCAAACCCAUGGUGAAAAAUUGGUAUCCAUUACGUCUUCUUCCCUAUGAACCACUCCCAGAUAACUCUGACACAGAGCUUAUUGCUGUCACGGGAACUGAUCUCUAUGACCGCAGUUUGAUAAGUCGCACAUAUGCCACUGCUGGACUGGUGCUCUCAACUAUCAUCAGCGUCUGUUGCAUUAUUGCAGGAGUUGUCAUUCUAACAAUUAGCGGAGUUUCUGGGGUGAUUCCGUUGAUGAGACUCGGUGGCACCGAACUACAGAAAUCCCUGCAGGUCGAGUUAUUGUCACUGAUACUAAAUGCACUUGUUACAUUAUGCACAGAGUCCACUGGCUUUGUCCACAGCAUCUCGCUGCGUUCUGCACUGGCCUCAGAGGGUCGGCUUCAUUUCAACACCAAUCUGCGCAUUAUGACCGCAGCUCGUGGUAGAAGAAACCCUAAUGGUGCCCUGCUCAAUGGUACCAUGGCCCUACUUCUCAUUUUAUCCUACUCCUCAUCCUCACUUAUCGUAUUUGUCAACUUCUCAAAUACGGAAUCUGCUGCCAUCACAGGGUUGCCUCUCCUUGUUCUGGGUGUCGCACUCCUUCUCCAGGUAGUGAUUGCAUUUAGGGGGAUAUGGGGAGUCGAAGUCUUGACAUGGAGCUCCUCACCUUUCGAUGUGACCGUUGCACUGGUCCACGACAAGAAAUUGACCCGGUUUAAUUCCCGAUGCAUGUGUUGUGUGUCUGACCAGGGCAUUGACGCAUGUCCUGUGAAGCCGUCAAAGACACAACCCUCUGCAUGGCGUGCUCACACCAGCAUCCGAAAAGUUGUCAUUUCUCUUUGGGGGGUCGUUGUAGCAUGCGCUGGAUGGGCCGUACUCGUCUCCUUUGUCAGGAUCUCGUACCAUUCCCCACAAAUAUCAUGGUCGUUCUUGCAGCCACAAGACGUUUCCAUCUGGUAUGACAUGCCGGGUGCCGAUCUUUUAGUGUGGAUUCUGCUCUUUAUCAACAUCGCAGUUAUCCAGGGACCGUUGACAAUGGCGCUGCAUUGCUCAGAGCUCAUCGCGAACGUCAUUCGAGAUGAAAGCCAGUGGAGAUGCGCUACCGAGAAGAAAGGACUUAGACCGACGAUGAACCCGCUGAAGUCGAUUUUUGCUUAUCCAAUUUGUCUGAUACUUUUCGCCGUGAAGCCUUUCCUGCACUGGAUGUUUGGGCUUUCGAUCACCGUAAACACCGACGCUAUGGAUUGGACACUGCAUGGUCAAUUACAGGUCUACAUGUUUGAAGCCCAGAUCUGGAACUUAUGUAUAGCACUGUUCAUAUUUGCUUGUUUUUUUACCCUAAUCGCACUGCGCCGACCCCGCGGCCCCCAGCCGGCUGCAUACGGCCACCUCCAGACGCUCGCCAACCUCGUAGACUCGCCUUUGAGUCACGUAAUGUGGUGGGGUCACAAGGCGGACGGACCUGUUUGUCAUGCUGGGACGAGCGAUCAUGAGCUGCAGGAGGUCAAGAUGGACUGUGAUUACGCUGGUUCUAAUAUCUGGUCCGCCGCACCUAUCUCCUCCAUUUUUGAAGUUAUUCAUUUAUCUCUGUCGACAGAUCUACAUGGGAAAAUUUAA